CGGGCUUGUACUGGGAUUAAUAGGCUGGGAAUCAGUGGUUGAUUGGGGCCCAUAUUCUGUUUGCUGUUACUUGUGGGUGGCUUCCCCUCAGGCCUCCAGUCAGCGAAGUCAACUUCCAAGGCCAGAAGGGCUCCUCCCAGGGGCGGGGAAACCAGCUGGGGCGUGUAAACAACGGCCAGGGUUUUGCUGAAAUGAAAGUGGAAGUGUAUCUUAGACCCAGCUUGGAGAGGACAAAGACACCUCGGAAGGUAGAAGCAAGAGUUUAGUUAUAGGGGACACUGUCACUUUGUGCCCAGCUCUGAAGCCUCAGCUCUUGUCAACCGGACCCCAGGCCCAUGUCAGUGAUGUAUGGUGAUGCCACCGUCGGCGCCCUCCGGGAGGAGCAGGCCGGACUGAAGAGCAGGCUGCAGGAGCUGCAGCGGCGGUGGAGGGAGCUCAGGGCCCUACCCUACGACCAGGUCCCAUUCCAGGCACCUGCGGUCCCUCUGGUGUUCCGAGGACACACUCAGCAGGGCCAGGAAGCGCCCAAGUGGUUGGUUUCCAAAGUGCGGAUCGGCUACCCUCUGUCUGGAGGCUCUGCUCUGGUCACCUUCGAUGACCCCAAGGGUGAGUCCUCUGAGAGAGGCCCCGGGGGGGAGGCUGGGAGGCUUCCUGGCACCGACCAUGCUCCCCCCACCCCGGGGCGCCCCCCUCCAGUGGCCCAGAGGGUGUUGCAACAAAAGGAGCAUGAGAUCCACAUAGAGGAAUGCCGGCUGCGGGUGCAAGUGCGGGCUCUGGAGCUGCCCAUGGUGACCACCAUACAGGUGUCCACUCAGGUGAGCAGGCACAGCGUGCUGGUCAGUGGGUUUCCUGCCGGGCUCAGGCUGGGUGAGGAGGAGCUGCUGGACAAGCUGGAGAUCUUCUUUGGCAAGACCAGGAACGGGGGUGGUGAUGUGGAGUCUCGGGAGCUGCUGCGAGGGGGCGUCGUGCUGGGUUUCACUAAGGACGCAGUGGCCCAGUACUUGUGCCGGGUUGGCCAGUUCACAGUGCCACUGGGCAAGUGUAAGUGCCCUGUGAGAGUCUCCCCCUACCUCAGUGGGGAGAUCCAGAAGGCCGAGAUCGCGUUCCGGCCGGUGCCCCAGUCAGUGCUGGUGCUCAACAUUCCUGAUGUCCUGGAUGGCCCGGAGCUGCAGGACAUCCUGGAGAUCCACUUCCAGAAGCCCUCCCGUGGAGGUGGGGAGGUGGAGGCCCUGAGAGUCGUGCCCCCCGGACAGCGGGGCCUGGCAGUCUUCACCGCCACCUCGGGCUAAGAGCCUGCCCUCCUCGGCGCCUGCACCCAUCUGCCAAGCCUCUCGAACCAGGCUGGAGCGGGGCGCACGGGUGCAAGAGAUCGUGCGGGUCGACAGUGGCAGGGAUUAUGGGUUGUGAAAUGCUGCCCAAGAACAAUAAAAGUGGCGUGAUCUUCUCA